GUUGGGUCCACCUCUGGGCCACCGGCCAAGCAGCCCGGUCAGGGCGUCUCUUCCUGGCGGAAGCCCAGGACAUUAUGGACGAGACGCUGGUCGACCCCGUCUCCGUCCGUGCCAACCUCCUCGGAGCCCGUGCAGCUGCACGCGUGAGUGCAGCUGCGAAGGCAAGUGCUGCCUUCGUCAAUGUGUUUCCAGCUGCAAUCAGAGCCUGGGUUUGCUUCCGUGUGGCGCUUUGCCUGAGCUUCGCCGCCUCGGCUUGUGCGCUUCACGUCCUGCUCUGCGACGAAGCCAGGCAUGUGGGC